AGCCUUGCUGGCUCAAGCGACGGCCUCAGCCUGGCGGAUCGCGGCGUGCCGCGCCAACGGCAGUCGGCCCAGGACGCCCACCGCCCUCGCGCCCAGCGCGAGGGCCCCGCGGGCAGUGCAGAGGCGCUCCGGGCCCUCGGCUGGGCCCAGGCGGGCGGCCAGCAGCAGCGCUGCGAGGCCGAGCCUCUCCGACGGCGGCGCGAGGAAGAGCGGCGGCCCGGCGCCCGGAGCCACGCCACAGGCGCGCCCCCUUGGAGCAAAUGGUCUCCGAGUUCGACCUGGGCCUCUUCCGGCAGCACCUGCUGCGGCGGAUGACCGAGGCGGACGUGCCGCAGCUACUGCAGGGCCCGGGCGUGGUCGCGUUGUGCGCCGCAGAGCUGCGCGGCUGGCUCGCGGAGACCAGGCUAUGCUCGCAGGCGUGCACCUGCUGCCCUUGCCGAGGGCGGGCGCCUGCGGUGGCGAGGGCGCCCGCCAGCACCGGCCCGGGACUGGUCGCGGCCGAGGGCAGCUCCGGCAGCGGCGGCGGCCUCACGGCGGUCGCCGCGGCCUGCCGCGCGGCCGCCCAGGGCGCCGAGGGCGCGGGCGCGGCGGCCUCGGCCGGCGGCGCUGGGGCGCGCAGCUUCCCAGCGCGGGCCAUCUGUGGGCACAUACGGAGGGCCCUGGGCCAGGUCAAGGGCGACGUGGAGGCCAUGCUGUUCUUGACUUUCCCGAGGGGCAGCCUCUUCAACGACAGGUCCGUGGAGGCCCUGUUCCAGCGCCACAACACGCGCCGCUGGUGGGUCUGGACGGAAUGGAGCAUGCUGCUGAUGAUGCUGCUGUGGGAUGUGAGCCUGAGCGCGCCGUGCCGGAGGACGCUGGUCAUCCUCUUCCACGCUGCGUGCGCUGGCGGUCUCAUUAUGAGAAAAGCCAUGCUCUUCGCCUCGCCAGACGGGCCACAGAUGCGGCGCAUCUCGUACCACGCGAUGUUGUGUGCGUUCUUGCUGGGCCGCUGCGCGGUGUGCCAGCCGCUGCUGGCCGACGUCACUGCGGAGGGCAUGCGGACCAACAGGGCCGUCCGGAUCCAGACGGUCAGCUCGGCGGUAGGACUCGGGAUUACCAACCUCUCUAUGGUCUUGAUGCAGCAGCUGCGGACCGUGGACAUGCUGCUCUUCUGCAUCUCGAGAGACAAAGAACUGCACAAACGAUCGUCUUCGCGCUCCAGGUGCCCCUCUCCGAGGCGCUGCACGCCACCUACGUGGCCAGCAUCGUCGUGACCGCGGUGUGCGUCCGCCAGCAGCGAGACCUCGAGGACCUCGAGAGGCGGACUUUCGACCACGACUGCUCCAGGCCCGGGGGAUGCUCGUGCGCAACGCCGACCGCAUCGGCGCGCGGGCGUCCGCUGCGGAGUUCGGCGCCGCCCUGGGGAUGCUCGGGCGCGCCCGGCGCGCCGAGAAGCUGA